CCGCAGCAUGUCAGAACCAGCAAAAAUUUGUCUUAUAACAAGUUUCUCUAAUUAGUCUCUUUCCUACCUAAAUCAACAAAAUGAAUUCAUACGGUACCACAGUUUUUGCACACUUGUUUGGCCUCCUUGCCCUCAUACUCUUGCUUGUUUGGUUGCUGCAUUACCGUGAGGGGAUUGAAUAUGAUUCUGAAAAUCCAUUCCGUGUUUUUAAUGUUCACCCUUUUUUGAUGUUCUUCGGCUUCAUUUUCCUUGUUGGCCAAGCAAUACUAGCAUACCAAACGGUGCCUGGACGACAUGAAACACUCAAGAUCCUUCACAUGACACUUCAUUUGAUUGCUAUAAUUCUUGGGAUUGUUGGUAUUUGCGCCGCUUUCAAGUUCCAUGACAUGGUCAACUUCGAAGACGUUUACAGCCUCCAUUCAUGGAUUGGCAUUGGCACCUUUUGCUUGUUUGGCUUGCAGUGGCUUUUUGGACUGGCGUUCAUGCUUCAAGGAACAGGACAAUCGAGGGCUGCGAUGGCCCCAUGGCACGUGGCUGGUGGUAGGGCACUAUUUUUCAUGGCAAUUUGUGCUGCACUAACAGGGUUGAUGGAGAGGUAUACUAUGUUGAAACUACUGCCACACCAAAGAGAGUCUCAUCUGAUCAACUUCACGGGUCUUGCAAUUCUCUUGUUUGGAGUUUUUGUCGAUAUGGCAAUUGGUUUUGGACGUUUUGCGUGAAAUGCAUUAUUACUCCACACCAUCUUCUUCAUUCAAAUUCGAUUCAUCCAUCAUUUCUUUCAUUUUUCUUUUUUGGAUUUUGUAAUUCUGUUUUUCAAUUACUGGAAAUGGCUUGUGUGCUUUCAUUUUUUAAUAUCUUUUGGACUCUUAUCAGACUUAAGUUGACAAAUUGAGGUGGUUUGUUUUCAUACUU